UUGCAAUCAAUCGUGUUUAGAAAUAGCAGUGAAAAAAUGGUAGGCGGCGAGUUUGACACCCUCGACCAAUGCGUUUAUGUUAACAUCUGAAACUUUUAACUUUGCAAUACGCCUACUUGUUAAAGGCGUUCGACUGGCUGUGGAAGUUUGUAGUUCACAAUACUGCCAAUGCUGGUAACAACUCACAACUCGCAUUCACUUCAAAAUGCAGAUUUAAUUUUUCAAAAUUUUCUUUAGUAAUGCUCACUAGUCAUUUGCGAUUUUUUCAAAUCAUCGUGCGAAAUACUCACCGAUCUACAAAACAAAAAAAAAUAAAAAAGAGGGUUGCUAGUUGUUCCGGCAAAAAUAAAAUAUUUUUUCGGAUAAGCGAUUAUGAUACUUUAACAAUUCAUAACUCAUAAACCGUAUCUCUGAGAUAGUAUUUCCACUAUUUUUGAACUCGUGAGAAACAUACGUCGAAACUGUAUUCUACGUUUUAUUCGGUUGAAAACCUAGUGCAUGUGAAAAACUUCAGAACACUCGAAAAUUCACAGUAUGAGUCAUAAAAUGGCAUUCGUUGCGCAUAACAGAAAAAACAUAAGGAGAUAAGAGGCAGAAAGUAGGCAAAGAUUUGGAAUUCUUUAAAUUAGUUUUUAUUCCACAGUAAAACGAUAUUUUUUACGUCAACACUAUAAAAUACGUUGCCUUUUAAUAUUAAAAUUUGAUAUCGGCAAGAUGUCGAAUACUACAUAAAGUUGUUGAUAUGACAUCCCUGGAUUAUUUCCUGCGAAAUAAUUUUAGGCUACUCAUUUUUGGUCAGAAAACCUUAUCAAACAUUGGUCUAUACUCUCAGGUCUAUAAAGGUCACUUGAUAACAAAAGAUGUUGUUUUGGGGUAGCUAAACAAUUAAAAAAAUGGCAUUCCAGCCAAUGUUUUUGAACCCUGCAUCAAUGCACUUGCAUUCGCAUUAGCAUUGAUUUUUGAUUCUUCAUCAAGUCAUGAUAAAUAUUUUCCAAGCUGUUAGAAAAGCUCUCAUUUUUCCGGUUCACAAUAUGACUUCGUUAAGAAACCGUCUACUGCAACGAAUCGUGUAACAUGAACUCAGCGUCUUUGAAGAUUGCUGUAAAAAAACACUCAAUACUUCCAAAUCAUAUGUUUUUCUUUGAGAGAAAGCUACAACAGGUUUUUAUCGACUACGUUUUGUGAGACACUUCUGAAAAAAAAGAAUGAAAAAAAGAUAUGGUUUCAUCCACGACAAACGCCUACCCCAGAAGCAUGAUCCACACGAAACCAAAGCGAACGAAAUCGAGAUGGAACGGGUCAAGAAGUGGCUCAAAAUGCUCAAUAGGUGGGGUGACAAGUCAACACUAUCAAAGUUGCACAAACGCGUCUACAAAGGCAUCCCGGAUAGUCUGCGGUCGCAGGUUUGGUGCAAGCUGCUUAAUUUGAAGGAAAUUAUGAAAGAUGCAAAGAAUCGAAACAAAUAUCAGGAAAUGCUAUCCCUAGCACAUGAAUGGGGCACAGAGGCGAGACAGAUCGACUCGGACGUUAAUCGACAGUUUCGGGAGCACGUGUUCUAUCAAGAACGGUACAGUCUCAAGCAAAAGAGUUUGUAUAAUGUACUAGUGGCGUACAGCAUGUACAAUUCUGAGGUUGGCUAUUGCCAAGGAAUGUCUGGUCUGGCCGGUGUGCUGCUUAUGUAUAUGGACGAAGAAGAGGCUUUCUGGGCGCUUAGCAUACUACUAUCAAACAAGAAAUAUGCUAUGCACGGAUUAUUCAUUGAGGGCUUUCCAAAGUUAACGCGAUUUCUAGCUCAUCAUGAUAAAAUAAUAGCCAAAUUCAUACCAAAGUUGAAGAAACACUUUGACCAGUACAACCUGGACUCAAUACUCUAUUCAUUGAAAUGGUUCUUUGUUGUGUUCAUAGAACGGAUACCGUUCAGCCUAUGUUUACGCGUGUGGGAUAUCUAUCUGCUAGACGGCGAAAAGGUUGUUACCGCUAUGGCUUACACCAUUUUACGUCUGCACAAGUCGAAAAUUUUGAAACUGAAAGAUAUGGAUCUGAUUGUGCAAUAUAUACAGACCAAACUUCAUAUUGACUUCGGGUAUGACGACGACUUUGUCAUUCAGUCACUGGAAAAGUGUAUGGAGGAGUUGCGAAAAGCUGGCAUGGAGCUUCCACCGCCGCCAAGUGAGAUCGAACUGCCGAAAAAGCCUUUUGGUGUGUUUGUCGAACCAACAGUUGAGGCUAAGAUUGGCCGACGCAAGCAGGAAUUCACCAAAACGGAAAAGGAAGUGACAGAAACGGUUAAAACUAAAAGGGAAAUUACAACUCAAGAGAUUGCGAAUCUUAACCAAAGCAAUGGAAGCGGAUCUAACAAUCAACUUAAUACUGUUCACAUUCCGGAAUCCGAAGAUGGCGGCUCAUUGCUGGGCAGUUCGCGUAAAUCGCUGGCAGAUACGUCCAUUACUUCAACUGCAGAUUUAAGUGUCAUGUCGGGAGGCCAGAGUCAACGCUCACAACCAGCGUUUGAGCUGUGCUACGACGAUCAUCCCAAAACUAUUGAGAGUGGCGAUGAAGGCGAAGGAGAGAGUAGUCCGGGAUGGCGAAAACGACCAAAGAUUCUUUCGGUUAAACGUAAACAUUUGAAAGGCCCAACAUCCGCCGUCGGCUCGAUGAGCGUAGUAGCACGCAGCCCUUCGGCACAACUAACAACGCCGCGUGCAAUGUCCCCGCAGGAUGUGGUACGUAUUUAUGUUCCCCCGGCACCCCCCGACGAGUUGCGUAGAGUGACACCUCAUUCAGACUCCACGACCACUAUGGUUUCCGCUGGAGCAAUUGGAAACGUAACUAGUGCUAGCAAAGAAUCACCGAGCAAAGCUGCGAAUGCCAACCGAUUUUCCAAUGGUUCGAACUAUUCCGGCGGAGGAACGCCAAUUGUAAUGAGCCGGCAGGGUACUUAUAAUGACUACGAAGAUGAGGAAGACAACGUUAGGACUAGAAGAAACAGUGAGAUUGAACUGUACCAACAGCAGCAACCGGCUUACAGUAGCGGGAAGUUUGAUUGUGGCAGCGACUAUGGCACUACUGCCUCAUCGAUUCAAAACUACGCAGUGAAUGGACGGUCCACUUCUAGCUCAAGACGCGGUAGUAUGUCCCGAAAAUCUCCUGCACCCAUGCUAGAUGGGGAAUUUAUCAUUGAGUGUAGUCAUUUAAAGAACAGGAAGUAUGUACCAGAGCACCAUACCAGUCAUUCUAGCUUAUCGCAAGCAAUAACAGCCAGUGUACGAGGAAGAAACGGGUCUGAAAGUAGUAUCCAUAGGAUGACUUCAUUUGAAGAGUUGGCGAAGAGCAAGUAUUUAAGUGGAAGUAACAGCAGUUUGUUGAAAAAUUUAAAUGACGAUUACAUCAUAAGGCAGAUGGUGCGAGCCAAGGGAAACCGAUUAACAAAAAGUGAAAUUUACGACACGAUUGACAGCAGCGAAAGUGGAAGCAAUGAUAGAUAUGAAAUGUACGCAUCGGUUAAAGCGCAGCAUAUCUCGCGAGGGCACAAGAGCGAUUAUAACAUUCAGUACAAGAAUCUCUCUACAAGGAAUUGCAUCCCAGGGAGCGCUAGUGCCAAUGAUUACAACAGUAUCGAAUAUAAAACAUUCAAAACUAGACAAAGCAGUCGGGAAAGCGGAAACGAUAGCAGUCCAUUUGACUAUGACCUGUUGCCAGAUGGUCGUCAGGAAAAUACUGCUCUUCGCGAUUAUGACCGAUUUUUCAACAACGAAGAUGACGAUGAGGAUAAACUGCUCAACAAAUCUUCGGAUGAGUCUUCCACUAGUCCUCCACCGCACAGACAGAUUCAGCAUAUUCAAAAAUCAAGCUCCGUAGCCAAAAGUCCUAGCAAUGAAAGCGUUCCGUUGCUGUCUUCACCUUUUUCUAGCAGCCGUAAACCUUUGAAUCUCUCCUCAUCAAUUCCCGUCAGCAACAGUAUGAAACGCAACAAAUACUCAGCAGACCCAUUCCAAAUGGAGCUGCCAUUAGCCACGACAUCUCAUCGUAGAGAUACCAACGAGUCAGUGUCCUCAACGGCUUCUACAACAUUCGGGUCUAGAUCGCACCAGCAAACGACACCUAGUUCUCGAAUUCCGGUUGUUAAAUCUCCGACGUCCCCUACUGCGUCUCUGCAAGGCUCUUUGCGACAGCAAAAUCGGUCACGUAUUCCAACAUCACAUCAACAUACGAGCAAUGGUAGUCGGAUACCGCCUCCAGCCUCGUCACAUUUCUCGCCAACGUUGUCGGGACCAUCGUCGUUAACGUCGUCCUCGUAUUCUCAGCGAGGGGCCGGAAAUCAAUCCUACGAAUCAGGCACAGGCGGACAUUCACGUUCGCGCAUUGCUUCGUCUAUAUCAGCUCAUCAGAUACGGCAGUCGACAACCGAUACGAAUAAAAUCCGCAUAAAGGUAAACCAAUCUCAAUCUUACAGUUCCGGCUAGGCGCUAAGCAUAGGUAACUUUUAAGUAGGAACGCCAAAUACCUUUCCACACUCUAGUGUGGGGUCAUGUUUCAAAAUCAUUCCGGUGACUAGCAUGUAAGCCUUUUAUUUGACUCCAAGUUGAUUGAAAAUUGGUUCGAUUGGAGCUUUUAAGCGCAUAAAAGACUGUGGAUUUCGAAUCUGUAUUAAAUGGCAAUUCCUUUCCCCCGUAGGUACAUCUUUUUUUAGCUCACAUGUUUCGAAAUUUUGUUGCAAUAAAUGCAAAUAAAACAGCUAAAAUAACGUACUUGCAUUUACUGCACUUACUGCAAGUAGAAAAACGUGUUACAAAUGUGUACGUAGAGAGUAAAACGAAAAG